AUGACCGAAGAAAUCGACAUUCCAUCACAUAGAGAGGAUGACGAGGGCUUAGAUAACCCUCUUAGAGCCAUUAUCGUGGUCAACUCGCCCGAUGUCCCUGACGGAGAAAUGGAGGAAAGAAUGCUAGAUAGCAUCCAAACCUUCGAUGAGGUGGACAAGUUCUUCGAUACGUUUGACGAAACGGUGGCGUACCCCAAUAAAGACCAUAUCAAGUAUGAGGUUGGAAGUGAUGGGUUAGUUGUAUUCGUUGUUGACCUGAAAAAGUUGAAGGACGAUGUAUUGAAGUUCAUUGAUGAGUUUGUCACAGAGUUCGACGACCAGUUAGUGGAUGAGGUGGUUGCAAAGAAGCAAAAGAAGUAA